AUGACCGCUGCGGGAGAUUAUCCGGGGCGGCGCGAGUUGCUGCUGACGCCGCUGCUGCGGGCCGCGGGCGCGGGGGCGGGGGCGGGGUCGGCGCCGACGGGGGCGGCGGGGGCGGGGGCGGCGGCGGGCGAGGCGGAGCGGCGGCGGCUGGCGGCCGUGGCGGCCUACCGCGCGCAUAAGGCCGCGCGACGGCAGCAGCCUAGCCUAGCAUCACAGAAGCGCGAGCCGGAUAUGUGCGGGGGCGGCUCGCGCCGACCCGCGCUUGGUCGGCCGCCGGGCGCCCGGCGCCGGGCCGGGGCCCGCCGGGGGCCGCUGCGGCCGGGGCCCGCCGGGGGCCGCUGUCGGCCGGGGCCCGCCGGGGGCCGCCAGGCGCCGGGGGCCAGGCCAGGCCCCACAUGA